GGCGGCAUGGAGGCUCUCGCCAGUCAGAUGGGGAAUGGGCGCGAAGGAAGCUCCUCCCCAAACUCCAAGCAGGAGCUGCAGCCUUACUCCGGCUCCAAUACCCUCAAGCCCAACCAGGUCGGCGAGACGUCCUUAUACGGGGUCCCCAUCGUCUCCCUGGUCAUCGACGGCCAGGAGCGCCUGUGCUUGGCGCAAAUCUCGAACACGCUGCUGAAGAACUACAGCUACAAUGAGAUCCACAACCGGCGGGUGGCCCUGGGCAUCACGUGUGUGCAGUGCACCCCGGUUCAGCUGGAGAUCCUGCGCCGGGCCGGGGCUAUGCCCAUCUCGUCGCGCCGCUGUGGCAUGAUCACAAAGCGCGAGGCAGAGCGGCUCUGCAAGUCCUUUCUUGGAGAGCAUAAGCCGCCCAAGCUGCCCGAAAACUUUGCCUUCGACGUGGUGCACGAGUGCGCCUGGGGCUCCCGAGGCAGCUUCAUUCCUGCGCGCUACAACAGUUCUCGCGCCAAGUGCAUCAAGUGCGGCUACUGCAGCAUGUACUUCUCCCCCAACAAGUUCAUCUUCCACUCUCACCGCACCCCGGAGGCCAAGUACACUCAGCCCGAUGCGGCCAACUUCAACUCGUGGCGCCGCCACCUCAAGCUCAGCGACAAGACGGCCACGGACGAGCUGAGUCACGCGUGGGAGGACGUCAAGGCUAUGUUCAACGGUGGAACCCGUAAGCGAACAUUCUCCCUGCACGGCGGCGGCGGCGGCGGCAGCGGCCCCGGGGGCCCCGGAAAAGGAGUGGCCGGUGGUGGAGGGGGCGGCCCAGGCUGCGGAGGAGACCUUCCCCCUGGACCGCCGCCCCACAAAAGCCUUCGCUGCGCUGCCGAUGACGACCCUACGGGGCCCCCUGGGCCACCGCCGCCCCCUCACCCGCAACGGGGCUUGGGCCUGUCUGGAGGAGCCGGUGGCGGCCCUGGCGGCGGCAGUGGGACCGGAGUUCGCAGCUACCCGGUGAUCCCUGUACCCAGCAAGGGCUUUGGCCUUCUCCAGAAGCUGCCACCACCUCUCUUCCCGCACCCUUACGGCUUCCCCACAGCUUUCGGCUUGUGCCCCAAGAAGGAUGACCCAGUACUGGGCGGGGGUGAUCCCAAGGGCGCUGGCGGGGCAGGUGCGGGUGGAGGCGCGGGAGGGGCCGGAGGCGGCGGAGGACAUUUACCCCCAGGGGCCGGGGCUGGACCAGGCGGAGGUACUAUGUUCUGGGGUCACCAGCCGGCUGGGGCAGCCAAGGAUGCGGCUGCAGUGGCUGCAGCCGCCGCGGCUGCCACGGUCUAUCCGACCUUUCCUAUGUUCUGGCCAGCGGCGGGCAGCCUACCUGUGCCACCCUACCCAGCUCAGAGCCAGGCCAAGGCCGUGGCAGCGGCGGUUGCCGCAGCAGCGGCCGCCGCAGCCGCUGCGGCUGGAAACGGUGGAGCCGGAGGUCCAGGAGGUGCGGGCGGAACAGGAGGCCCAGGCGGAGGCCCAGUCCCCCCUGGAGGAGCCGAGCCCCUGGAGGUGGUGGGAGAACCGGUCAAGGAAGGUGGCCUCGGAGGUGAAGAGCGGUGCCCCAGCGCGCUGUCCCGCGGACCUGGGGACGAGGACGGAGUAGAAGAACCACUGCCCCCGUCACUGGGUCCCCUUCCCCUGGCGCCACCCCAGGCCCCUCCGCCCCACCAGGCCCGCAAGGGUAGCUAUGUGUCUGCCUUUCGACCCGUGGUAAAGGACGCCGAGAGUAUAGCCAAGCUGUACGGCACUACCCGAGAGGCCUAUGGGGCUGGGGCUGGGGCUGCCCGCGGCCCAGGGGGUAGCGGCGCUGGAGGCUACUUGAGUCCGGACUUCCUGAGCGAGGGAAGCUCUAGCUACCGCUCAGCCUCGCCCGACGUCGACACGGGAGAUGAGCCUGAGGUGGACGUGGAGUCCAAUCGCUUCCCCGACGACGAGGAAGCGGAACCUGAGGAGGAGGCCGAUCCGGGCCAGUCAGUCGGAGGCGGCGGCCCUGACGGGGACUUGACUACCCCACUUCCCACCGGAGUCUCUUCCUCCUCCUCUGCCACCUCCUCCUCAGGAGACUGCCCAGCAGAUUCAUCCGAUGGUGGCAGUCCCCACCAUCGCCGGCGUCACGUGCCGCAGCCGAGUGGCCGGCCGGGUUUCGGAGCGGCUGAGGAAACAGGGAGACGCUCGGAUGGGAGUCCAGAAAACGGAAGUUACGAGAUGCGGGAAACCUGCGGGGCUCUGGGAGGCUCGGUUCCAGGCCCUGGCCCUGGCCCGGGCAAGGUGUAUGCGCAGGAAAGAGACGAGCACUUGCAGACCCUGAAGAGCUCUUCGGCGCUGGGAACGGCGGCCUCUUACCUUUGCAACCCAGAGGCAAAUGAGCCAGAUAAAGAAGACAAUCACUCCACGGCAGAGGAUUUGGAGGCUAGGAAAUCCUAUCAAGACCAAAGGAGUGUCUCUCAGCCCAGUCCUGUAACCACAGACCGAGGAGAAGAAGGACUGACCUUGGAUGUCACUGGAACUCCGAUAGGUGAGAAAGACAUCGAGAACCUCGCUAGAGGUGAACUGCAAAAACUGCUUCUGGAGCAAAUGGAGCUCAGGAAGAAAUUGGAACGGGAAUUCCAGAGCCUCAAAGAUAAUUUUCAGGAUCAGAUGAAGAGGGAAUUGGCCUAUAGAGAAGAAAUGGUACAACAGCUGCAAAUUGUCAGAGACACUUUGUGUAACGAAUUAGACCAGGAAAGAAAGGCUCGUUAUGCCAUCCAGCAGAAAUUAAAAGAAGCCCAUGAUGCCCUGCACCACUUCUCCUGUAAGAUGCUGACGCCGCGUCACUGCACGGGGAACUGCUCAUUCAAGCCUCCGCUCCUGCCCUAGCCCAACCUAACGCAGCCGAGCCGCGUGGACACACCUACAAAGCCAUGCUCCUCCUCUGUAAAUACGGGGCAGCAACCGAAAGAGAGAAACAAGCCAUUUAUAGCAGAACGAUGUAAAUACUGAUCUCCGGACGCGCCCUCCUCCUCCAUCUCCUAAGCCUCGGCCCACUCUCCCCCUCUCCCCACAUUUCCCCUUCGGUCCCUGGGAUUCAGACUCAAGAGGUUCUAAGUGUAAAUACCGCCUAAAACUAAGUUGAAAUUCAGGGCAUCGGACCACAAAAGUUAAACUGGACCAAAGGAAGAGGGGCAAGGAAAAAACAAACAAAAACGAAACGAAACGAAACCCUCACCAACUAUCCUGAAGGAGAACACGCGGUCCAACUGUACAGUAACAGACUGUCGAUUGUGAAUACGUUAUCAACUUCCCGCCAGCGAUGUUCCAUGCGUGAUCACUGUCUGAUUGAAGUCCUAGCUACCUGUAAUGUCCACUUCUUAAACUCUCGUUCCUAAUGACAAAGUGGCUAUGUGCAAUGGAUAUAAAUGUACUGUGAUUCUCUUAGUACAGCAUUUGGUUUAACUUAACCUUAUUUAUUUAUGAAGUAAUUUAUUUUGCUGUUUUCCUCCUCAUCCCUCCCUCCCUCCCCACUCAGUUUUGAUCUUUGGGCUUUAUUUAAUUUAUUUUUAGUUGUAAUUAUUGAUGUAACAGCACUUUAAAAGGGCGACCACCGACUCACGAGAUGACAACCUUUCAACUUUGUUUUGGGAGACAUUUCUGUAUUAAGUGACUUUGGUUCUUUAAUAAAAAAUCUCGAUCAUGGGGGCGCCGGAGGCGAGCGCUGAUGAAAGGGCACGGGCGGGGAAGAUCUCGAUCAGGGUUUGGCAGUCAACGGAUCUGUCCCUAAACUGAGGGAAACUGCGGAGAGGGACGUCAGGGUACCGAGUCUGCCUUGGAACCGAGGGAUCUUGUCUUGUUAACAUCUUCAUUUUUGCUAAUAACCAUUCUGGGUCCGGGAGGAAGGAAACUGGGGCAGAACUCGGGUCUCUCUGGAUUGCUGCGAUCUCAGCUACCGCGUCCGGCAAUAGCCCAGUCGGUAGAUCAGGCUGCUCCCCAUCCAUCACACCAGAAGGAAUCAUUCAUACUUCUCUCCCCGCCGCUCCCCUCCACACAUACACACUGGCACACACCACACUCCCUCACUCUGAGAAGCGAAAGCACUGGCCAGAUUAUGGUUAUGUUUCAGUCCCGGGCGGGCAGUGGAAAGACCAGGAGGGAAAGAAGGGGGACUCUCUUUAACUUCACCGCCAAGUGUCCUAUAUCCUCGGUUUCUGAAACCCCGGGAAAGUUGUCCGGGCACACCAGACUCCUGCCCAACUUUAGAGGUCUUG